AUAUAACCCACUUAUUGGGCAUAUGAUCUCAGUCUGAUCAAAACUUGAGAUCAAGUCUUAUGUCUGUUUGGGUCUUUGUUUUCCCGCGGAAAAACGAGCAGACGUUUCCUGGCGAUGGGGAACUCGGCGGACUUGACGCUAAACUGGAGCACCACGGCAGCGCAACUUUCGCUGGUAAAAAGAAGCGAACGAUAUUCUCCUGCUGCAGAGAAGCGGACGCUCUUGGUAUUCAAGAGGUGCUCAAGAACGGUGGAUCGCCCACUGAACCAAACGAGUCAGGGCUGGCACCCCUACACGAUCUUGUUCAAGGGAGUGGCAUUGACGUGGAAACCUGUAUAGACAUUCUGCUGGAGAGAGGCGCAGACGUUAAUCAAACAACGACUAUAGGGGGCGACACCUGUCUGCAUUUAGCGGCGAGAAAUAAAUCAAAAGAUCGAGCGGUUGAUAUCUUUGUCAAACUGCUCAGCUCGGGCGCAGAUCCUGAAAUACGAAACAAGAAACUACGGUCCCCCUACGACGAAGCCGUAGAAAAAGGACUUGUGGAUAUUUGUGCUGUGUUGGACGGGACUGUUUCCAUCGAAGAAGCCAUAGAGAAGACUGAACAGAAACGCCGUGAUGAAUUAGGGGAACGCUUGGUAAGAGCCGUGAUUUCUGGCACGGAGGAAGAAAUACGAAGAGCCGUGGCACAGGGAGGAACGUAUUUGAAUUACAUCAACAAGCACGGCGCCGGUGCAAUACAUUACGUCAUUACCCAUUGUAAAUUGGACCAAAUGAAGAUGCUGGAGUUGUUGGUGGAGACAGGGGCAGAGGUCAACCUCCUGGAUUAUGAGUGUGACUCGGCAUUAAAUCUCUGUAUCAAGAUGGCACACCUUAGGGAGGGUGGCGCCAUGAAGGAGCUGGUAGCGUAUCUCCUCUCAGUGGGAGCCGACAAGACGGUCCAGGACCUGGACGGCAAAGACGCCAUGAUGUUGGCUGAAGAAAGGCAAUACGAUGACAUUAUCGAAUUACUACGGAUGGAUGCGGUAGAAAGAUUGGAGCCGGUUACAGAGGUUGACGAACCGACUGAAAGUACUGGUGAAGAAGCGGAGAGUUACGGCCUUGAUCAGAUCCUCGAAGCCAUUAUCUCACCCGAGUUUGCAGACGACAGACCUGGGCGGAUAGAGUGGCUGGUCAACAAUGGCGCCCCCGUUAAUAGCAAGACAGAGAAGGAGCACUUUUGCUACCUUGCUGGCACCUUUUAA